UUCACACACGGUUAAAACGACAUGGCGACUUCUGUUGUUAAAACAUUUUGCUGGAGUUUCUUGUUUUUCACAGUGCUUUUGGCAAGUCGCAACACAUCGGCACAAAGUAACCGCGGUCAAGCGACGAAAGGAACCCCACAAGAAAACAAAUGCAGCACAGUGAUAAAUGGAAACUAUUACGCAGGGACUAACAAGGAGAUGACGACCAUUCUUCAAAGAAUUCAAACGCAGCUUUCUGACGUACAAGACCUUCUACGUGAAAUGAAGACAGAAAAAGAAAACAAAACAGUCAAGGCCCGAAACUGCGCUGACCUUUUCAAGUCUGGUGAGAGAAUCAGUGGAGUGUACACUAUAAACACGGAUAGCAGCUACGCUCCUUUCGACGUUUAUUGUGAUCAGAAAACAUCCGGUGGAGGAUGGACAGUGAUUCAGAAAAGAUUGGAUGGCUCAGUAGAUUUUUAUCGNGGCUGGGCCGACUACAAGCGUGGCUUCGGUAACCUGAAUGGCGAGUUCUGGCUCGGGUUAGACAAGAUGCAUCAGUUAACUAAGGUGGGUAGGAACGUAAUUCGAAUAGAGCUGGAAGACAUUAAGGGAAAAACGGCGUACGCCGACUACGACAUGUUUGCUGUGGCAAGUGAGAGAGCCAAGUACCAACUGAGCCUUGGAACUUACUCUGGUACGGCUGGUGAUUCUUUUUCCUUUCAGCGUGGCGCUUUUUUCUCAACUAAAGACCAGGACAAUGAUCCUGACAAACGCCACUGUGCCGUAACGUUUAAGGGAGGCUUUUGGUACAGCUUCUGUCGCCAUGCAAACCUGAAUGGCUUGUACCAACCAGGGCCACACUCAUCCCAUGCUGAUGGUAUGAAUUGGCAUGACUGGAAAGGAGACUACUAUUCUGCCAAGAGAUCGGAGAUGAAAAUAAGGCCCGCAGAUUUUUAAGUUUGCGGCCAUAUCAGGAGAUUUCAUCUGAUUAUGAAUAAAAUACACUCAAUUAAAGCUG